UUGUGGGGUAGGUCUACGCGAGAUACACUCUCGGCAACAGACACUCGCUCAAACAACUCACCCGUUGGAUAGUUCGUUUUGGUUCGUUGGUGUUAUCGCGACUUGUGUAGUCGUUUGCGAAUUAAAAAAGGGUUGGAAAAAUUGAUAUUUUGAAAGGACAAAGAGGUCGAUGAUCUUGGGCUCUCGAGACGGGCGUGAACGGAUUGUUUUCCAACGCGUUCGUUGACUCUUGACGCUGAGGAUUCCUGAGGAUGUAAAGAUCAAACACGAUCAUUCCCAGAAGAACACAAAGGAUCAACAUCAGUUUUAGCGGUCUCUGCUUCUCAGGAGCCAUGGCUGAGAAGAUGUACUAUUGGGGGGAGGAGAAGGAUCACGUCGACCCGGAAGAGACCUUCAUAGAGUUCAAGGUCAAGUCAUCCGCAUCAGAAAAGAAGCGCGAAUCAUCUCGAGCAGUUCCCAAGAUGGCUGUCUCGUCGCCUCAGGGCAGAGCAACCGAAGUUGGGAGUAGAGUGGAGGACACUGAACGUGGAGGUUGGGAUAACAAACUCGACUUCCUGUUCUCCUGUAUUAGCGUGUCUGUGGGUCUGGGAAACGUUUGGCGUUUUCCGUAUUUGUGUUACAAAAAUGGCGGAGGUGCGUUUCUCAUCACGUAUGGAAUUGCUAUGGUGUUCUGUGGGAUUCCAAUAUUCUUUCAAGAAGUAGCCAUUGGCCAAUACCUUGGGGCUGGGGGGAUGACCCUGGUGGGACAACUGUGUCCUUUGUUGCAAGGAGUUGGAUACGCAACUAUGACGAUAGUAUUCUUCCUUGACAUCUACUACUGUAUAAUUAUCGCUUGGACACUUUUCUACCUAAUCAGUACCUUCGUCAACAUACCUGGUGUUCCUUGGAGUGGUUGUGGCAAUUGGUGGAACACUGAACACUGCUACGACGCUUCAGAAAAGCUUGAGCACAUCACUGGGGUUAACAGUUCAAACACCACGAAUGCCACCACGCCAGUUGAAGAAUAUUGGGAACGACGAGUUCUUGGGAUCACGUCUGGCAUCGAAACGAUCGGCGGGAUCCAAUGGGAGCUGUUGGGCUGCCUGAUACUCGGCUGGCUGCUAGUUUACUUUAUCAUCAGGCGUGGUCUUCAUCAGAGCGGUAAGAUCAUCUGGUUUUCAGCCUUGUUCCCCUACGUGGUGCUUUUCAUUCUUUUGGGAAGAGCGGUGACAUUGGAUGGCGCCUCCGACGGUUUGAAAUACUACGUCACCCCGAGAUGGGAGGAGUUGCUAUCGCCUGGACCAUGGAUCGACGGUGCCACGCAAAUUUUCUUCGCUUACAGUAUCGGCACCGGUGCUUUGCCUGCUUUGGGGUCGUACAACAAGUUUCACCACAACUGCUACAAAGAUGCACUAAUCACUUGUAUAGUCAACACCCUAACUUGCCUACUGGCUGGCUGCGUGACGUUCUCCAUACUGGGUCACAUCGCCUCGGAGCAAGGUAACCACGUGUCCGAUGUGGUCAAGAGUGGGCCAGGUCUGGUGUUUCUCACAUAUCCAGAGGUCGUCUUGAAGCUUCCUGGGGCCUCGAUGUGGGCCACCAUUUUCUUCACUAUGCUGCUCAUACUCGGAAUCGACAGUGAAUUCUGUAUCGUGGAGUCCUUUAUCACGGGUGUAAUCGACAAUUGGGCUGAUAGUCUUCGUCCUCACAGAAAGAAGUUCACCAUCGCUAUUUGUCUCCUCAUGUUUGCUCUGGGACUGCCUAUGGUGACCAAUGGUGGAGUGUACAUAUUCCAAUUGAUGGAUUUCUAUUCAGCGAGCGGUAUGUCGAUCUUGUGGGUCUGUUUCUUCCAAACGAUCGCGAUAUCGUGGAUCUUCGGGGCGCAGAAGUUCUGCGAUUGCAUCCACCAAAUGAUGGGCAUACGAUUGAAUAAAUUCUGGUACAUAUGCUGGGUGGUGUUCGCGCCUAUGAUCAUGGCUGCCAUCUUCGUGUUCCAAUGCGUUCAAUACAAGCCCUUGAAAUAUGGAAGCGAUUAUGAAUAUCCAACAUGGGCGGAAAUCGUGGGUUUCUGUCUCAGUUUGUCAUCCAUGAUUUGGAUACCAGGCUACGUUAUCUAUUAUCUUGUCGUGACUCCAGGAUCUGUCAAACAGAAUAUUCUAAAAGGCCUAAAACCGAACAUAAAGUCUCAACCAAAAUUACCAAAAGGCGAGAAGUCCGCAGUGAUACCGAUGUCCGAAAGUAGCGCUGGCCUAAUCACCAAGAACAACAGUUUCCUCAGUGAAACAUGAUCUCUGUGAACAAGAUUUUUUUUAAAGAAUUCCUAAGUAGGUUGUAAUUAUCGUAAGUGAAACGCAAUCUAAUCAAUUUAUUUUAACAUCGACCAAAGAAACUGCUGGUGCCAUACCAUCAGUGUUUGUUGCUUCAUUUAGUUGACAGAACAAUAGCAGAAUUUUAAAUCCUAGUGCCGAGUAGUACUGUAUUUUGGCAUUAUCGAAACUAAUAUACUUGUUUAAUGUGCACGGGGAAGAAUUGUCGAAUUUGAACACUACUUCGUACAUUUUCAAUUACGAAAUUGUCCAAACUAGACAAUUUUACCAAAUACCUAAAAGCACGUGGAACAACUAUAACUCUAGACUAGAAUUUUAAAACGAUGACGGCCUCUUGUAGCUGAGCAAAUGAAUUUUAUAAAGAGAUAAAGUAAUAAUUUAUUAAUCCUCUAACUGUCAGUUGUAAAUUAUGGUUUCUGGAACGAAUUGGCUAUUUUUUUUAUUGUGUUUAAGGAGCUCAUUUUCAAGAAUUUUUAUUUCAUAAUAAUUGCAAAAUGUUAAUGUUUUUAUAUGUAAUAGUUGACACGUUGAGUUAAUAAAAAGUUUUUUUUAUUUACUUU